UUCUGUUAAAACUCAUGUAUUUUUUGAGCUGUUAAGUUGUUUAAAUCGUCCUUUUAGGGGUUGUUGACAUUACAUUGUCAUGGCAACAAAGAUGUAAAAUUGGCCAUAACUACACAAUAAGUUAAGCAAUUUUAUCCCACCUAAAUCAUGUAAACACGCAUAUUGUUUACAUCUUGCAGCUAUACUUUUGAAACAAUGAGUAUUUUAACGUUUACAGAUUGGCCCCAUUCACUUCCAUUGUAAGUGACUCAAUGUAACUGGCCAAAGUUAAUUCAGUACCAAUUAGAUAUUCAAAUUCGGGCAAAUUAUGUUGUAAAUGUAUUAUGUUUAGAUGGCUUUAUAACGAUAAUGUUACAUUUCUGGCUAAAUAAUGGUAAUGUAACCACUGUUCUCAUAUGCGUGCAUGCGUUCGUCAUAUUUAUCUUGUAUUUUUUUAUUUUUUUUUUUUAUUCAAGCUCUGUAGCCUACCUAUAGCCUAAUCUAAUCUAUAGCCUAAUAACCCGAAAUUUGGGGCGAUUGAUAUGAACUGUAAAUCCUCACAGGUUUUGUGGCCUGAUAUGAACAGCCUUGGCUCUUUGUUGAACCCUUAAAUACGCAUCUGGAUGGCUUUAAACUAAGCUUACAAAUCUGUCGAAAUUGGACAUAUUCGAUAAGGGCUAUAAUUAAAUUAGCAGAAUUAAAAAGGGGACCAUGUCAAAUUCGACUGUUUUUGUAAUACUGCCAACAUAAUAUAUUAAAGCCUACAAUAUAAUUAUAGGAAAGUUCUGAUUUCUGAAAAUAAUGUGCCGCAUUGUGAGCUGUCAGUCUGUGUGACUGUUGUUUUUUUUUUCUAUUUGGUUUGGUAUAGCGUUAUUGCCGCUAAAUCUUUUUUUCAAUGCCCAUGCCAGCCUACAAUCCACUACAUAUUUUGUUAUAGCUGACGACAUUAGUCUUCGGUGUCUGUGCUAUGCCAGUGUAUUAUAAUUGUCAUCGGUAUCUGACAUCACAAUUGUGCAGGUGCCAUUUUCUAUUUCACUGAUUUCCCUGUGAAAGCUCUUUAUUUUGCCAUCUAUCCUCUAAAUUACAAAAAUGUUGACUUUCCAAUCGCAAAUAAUGAAAUAGGCCUAUAACGCCUAUUGAGAGGCAAAAAAAAAUAAAUAAAUAAAUAAAAUAAAAAUUUGUACCUGUAAAAAAUUCCCCUUUUAUUACGUUUGAUACUCUCUAUUUAUGGGUGUCUAUUAUUAUUAUUAUUAUUAUUAUUAUUAUUAUUAUACGGCUACUAUCAUUACAUUAGAGUGAAAUUAAUUUUUAUAAUUAUUUGUUUUAUUUUCAUUUCGAAAUGUGCGCAUUUUAUUCGCUAAUUUUGGUUAAAUGUUGGAAUAACACAGAAUAAUUACAAGCUGAAUAUAUGAAUUAAAUGUAACGGUGCAUAAUAAAGGGGAGCAGCAUUCUUGAUCCUCUGGAAUUCUAAAUCGCUUCCUCGAAGCUGAUUGGCUGCUGAAUUUUGACCCUUGUUGGGAUGGACCUGUUGGAUAAAAGGAGAAUUUCUAGAGGGAUCAUGAGUAUUGCGAGUUGGAUGCCUGUGCACAAGGGACCGACUUGUAUCUGAAGAAGGGAAUAGUCUCAAAGGCACCAUGACAGGAAAGGAUGGGGCCGUGUUGUCGGAAAGUUUGAACAAAUCAAAAUCAGUUUGUGCCGCUGAGAAUGGGGGAAAUAACAAUCAACAUCUGUCAAAGAGCAGCACACAUCCGCCCAAAUGCACGGGUUUCGGUAUCCAGGAGAUUUUGGGACUAAAUAAAGAGCCGUCCUCGGCUCCACGGAACCCACUGGGCUCGUUCCCUGCCGGCGCGCACCUACUAGCCACCAGGUCGAUGCUCGGGCCGGCUGGGGUUGGGGUCGGGAUGGGAUUAAUUGGUCCUGGAGGUAUUCCAUCGUUCUACAGCCAGCCAGCGUUUCUGGAGGUGCUGUCAGACGCACAAAACGUCCACUUGCAGCCGCUCAACAGGACAGUGGGACCACUCGAAGCGACCCAAUCUGCUAGUUCAGAUUCAGAGGACGUCUCUUCAAGUGAAAGGAAAUUAUCAAAGUCUUCAUUGAGCCAGAGCAAGAAGCGAAAAAAGAGACGACACAGAACAAUAUUUACAUCUUACCAGCUGGAGGAACUAGAGAAAGCUUUUAACGACGCUCAUUAUCCUGACGUAUACGCCAGAGAAAUGCUGGCCAUGAAAACCGAGCUGCCCGAGGACAGAAUACAGGUGUGGUUCCAAAAUCGACGGGCCAAGUGGAGAAAGCGGGAGAAGUGUUGGGGUCGCAGUAGCGUGAUGGCUGAAUACGGGCUCUACGGUGCCAUGGUGCGUCAUUCCAUCCCUCUGCCCGAGUCCAUACUGAAGUCUGCUAAAGAUGGCAUCAUGGACUCCUGUGCUCCCUGGCUUCUAGUUCAAGAUGGUUUUCCUACCACCAGCUGCUUUUCUAAACACGAAUACCCACCAUUCUUUGCAGGGAUGCACAAAAAGUCCUUGGAGACUGUUGCAGUCCAACCAAAUGAGAUGUCAGAUGUCCCUCAGAAAGCGACCAAUCCCAAGGCAGAUGAGGGCGAGACUGAGGAAAGGAGGACAGAGUCACCUAUGUCCAAAGAGGAACUGAGGGAGAACAGCAUUGCUGUUCUCAGGGCAAAAGCACAGGAGCACAGUGCCAAAGUGCUGGGAACAGUGUCCUCUGAGAAACUAGAGCACAAAAUGGAGAUAUCGGUGACAGAGCAGAAGUUCAGCAAACAGAUAGACACAAAAGAAGAGGAAAAGAGUUCUUAGAUUAUGCACAGUAAUUCUUCAUUCAUCCAUUUGUAGCACCAUAAAACAUAGUUUUGGAGUGAACAUAUCUGGGCUAUUUUCUCUUCCUAAUAUUCUUGAACUUUUCCUAAGAAAACUUUCGAUUCUCAUGGUUGCUCUGCAUUUUGUUUUAUUUAGCAAGGUCAAAAUGAGUUACCGUAGACUAUUUUGAUAUUUAUAGAAGCGUCACUUCCAUCAUCUUCAUGCUGUUUUUAAUAUAUAAAUAAUUCCAGACAUAAAAUAUUCUAUGAAUACAAUGCUUUAAAAAGGAGCAUGCUUGUGCCCUUUGCCACGACAAAAAAAUGUCAAUGUUGGCAGCUUCAGUUGAGUAAGACCAUACAUGUUUGACACUAAAUUUCAGUAUUGUCAUUAUCCAAAAAUUAUUGAUGAAAUACUCCUAAUGGGGUUUGAAAAAGCAGGAUUCAGUGCAUUCAUUUUCAUUUAGUACAGUAUCCCUUUCAAACUUCUCAAUGGUUAAAAAGUUGUAAUAGUGUAUUGCUGUAUAUAUUGUAAAUUGAGAUGGCUUGCUACAGUAUUGUUUGAACUAUACAUCAAUGUACUGUAGUCUUAUUAUGUGCUUUUUUCGUAACAUGUAAAAUGCAGUACAAAUUAUUAAAAAAGGAUGACAGUUGUUAACCUGUUCUAAGUGUAUUUUAAAUCAUACUGAACUUAUGAAGAAAAGACAUAAAAUGUAUUACUUCCAUGAAAAUCUGCAUUUAGUAUGUAUUUGGAAGAGAAUCAGUUCCGUUUAAAUUAAGAUGUCAAAUGUAUUAUACAAAAAGACAAUGCUUUAAACAGUGCUUUUAAAAUCUUAAUCAGUGCUAAAAACCUCUAUUGCAUUUUGCAAUGGUUUGCUCUAUCAAGCCUGAAGUAGCAAUCUUUUGUGUGUAGCCUAAACAGUUCUGUGUCAAUGGGUGUAAUCCGAUGCAGUUGAGAAGCGUCAAUCUGGGCAGAUUGGGCCAGUGCAGACAUAUGGGACAGAGCAUGAAAGCAGCCCCAGAUAAGGGGCUCUCAGUGAGAGCACUAAAUUACUGAGGUUAGUUCUCAUGCUCACACGGGAUCUUAUCCUGAUGAAUUAAUACCUUUUUAUCCUUCAUGUGUUGACUUAUAUACCAUAUUUUUUAUUUUCACUUGCUGUUAGAUAUCUAUCUAUCUGUCUGUCUGUCUGUCUAGCAAACAAAGACACUUCAUUUUACUCAUUAGUAUUCUCUCCCAUAUUUCCAAUUACAAAUUGGAAAUCCUUGCAUAACAGGAUAGAGAAAAGGAUGGUAAUUAUCUCAGAAAUGUUCAUAAUUAAAUAUUAGCCAUAAAAAAUUACCAUGUUUGAACCCAAAAUAAAUAUAAAUAAAUAGGUCUCCUUUGCGGACUAAUCCACAAAUCAAAUCAAUCAGGAUUUGUGCUGAUUAGAAUUGUUUUAUGUAUCCCAAACAAUGUUGAACCCUCUCUCUUUUUCAUCUGGGCUGUUGAUCCUUUCCAUGCCCUUAUUACGGCCUGUCAACAGAUUAUUGAUAUACACUGUUAAUUCAAUCCUAAUUUAAUUUACUUAGUGUCUGUGUAAUUAAUUAUUUGACAUCUGGGGUGAUAAGGCUAGGCUAAUGUAGAAACCGAAUAUACUGUAUCUCUAGCUGCAUUUCUGACAUCUCUGUCACUCUGUCAGGCAUAUUAGCUAUUUACAUUUCUCUGUAUUGCUAUAGGAUUUUUUUUUAUUAUUAUUAUUUGAUUUAUUUUUUGAUAAAUGAAAUGCAAAUUGUAAAUUUAGUCAGACAUGUGGGUGCUGAUCUAGAGACUUGGUUAAGCUGUUUGUGACUAUUACCAGUCUCUGCUUCGGACUUAUCACAGCUCUCUCAGCAUUCCCCUACUCUCACUAAAAAGAAUCCUGAAUUAUUGUAAAGCAACUCGGGCUAAUCCCACAAAAGUCACUAAUGGUGGCCAUUAGGCAUGACUGCGGGAUAGCUGGACCAAUCUGGGAUAUGACGAUGAUCAGAGUUAAGAUAAGUUCUCUUAGUGGAAAAUCCGUGCUAUCUUUUAAGUUAUUUCUUAAUCAGAUUGUGAGGAUCACCCAGCUGCAGCAAUAUUAAGUGACGUAGGUGUAAUUAGAAUAUUUUACAAACUGUCUUGUGUGGCUGACUAUAACAAAGUAUCACAAAUGAGUAUAGAAAGAAGGAUAUUUCUUUUAAUUACAGGAUAUUAAAAAUGUAUCCAUAUAAAA